AUUCAUCUGAGAAUGGAGCAACUUCCGGUGUGGCUGAUCAAAUUUCAUCUUCUAAAAGUCUCAAUCAAACUUUUUGUCACAUUUAUUAUUUUAACAUGUGCAAAAUUACAACGUUGAAGCCAGCAAAAAAGGGGAAUUGAUGGAUAAAACCAGGAAUAUGCAUUUUAUAAUCCAAUCAAUUCAGAGUGCAAACAGUGAAGAGGCUUUUGCUUUUGGUACCACCCGAAAGCUCUACCUGCCCCACGAAAAUAGCUUAUGGACCGGACCAGAAGCAUGUGGAUGGAGCAAUCAGAGUUUUCGGGUGGAACCAAAAGAAACCCCCUAAUGAAGAUGGCACGUUUCAUUCAUCCCAACCAUAUGAAAAUCCGAAAUGCAUUGCUUAAACACUAAUUUGUGUAGAAAGAAAAUGGUUAAAGCUUAAUAAGUUUACCUCAUUCUAAGAAAUCACAAUGUAUACGUGAUUACAUUCAUGAAUUCUUGGCUCAUUUGAUUUGUAACUGCAAUUUUUUCUGCUAAUGUACAGGGAAAAGAAAAAGGUUUAAUACUACUUUAUAAUUAUCACACUGCAUCUGAGAUUUCACUGAUGAUGUUUAACUCACUUGAUUAUGCAGCAUAAAUACAUGUAUUAGGUUUGAGUCCCUAUGAAUGCAAAUACGUUAAAUGCUUGUAGGGAGAGUUUUGUGGCGCAUAGGGGUCUUACCCGGUUCGAACAGAAUUAUCUCAGUGGAGAAUACAUGUGGUUUAAACCAAUAAUAAUAAGAAAUGGUCCACACUAUUCCUCACCUAGGAAGUAAGCUUCAUAGAGCAAAUGGGUGAGGAAGCAAAACAGGAACCACCAAAGGCCGAGUCCAAGCCAGAGGAAAAACCAGAAGAAGAGAAGAAAGGAGAAAAAUCAGUAGAGGAGAAGAAAGAUCCUAAGCCGCCAUCUCCAUGUGUGUUGUUUGUAGACUUGCAUUGUGUGGGAUGUGCUAGGAAAAUUGAGAAAUGUAUUAUGAAAUUGAGAGGAGUUGAAAGAGUCUUGAUUGAUAUGGCUAAAAAGGAAGUGAUGAUAAAAGGAAUAGUGGAGCCUAAAGCAAUCUGCAACAUAAUUACCAAGAAAACAAAGAGACUAGCCAAAGUUAUAUCUCCAUUGCCUGAAGCAGAAGGAGAACCUGUGCCAGAAAUUGUUAAUUCUCAGGUUAGUGAACCAGUUACUGUGGAACUUAACGUAAAUAUGCACUGUGAGGCCUGUGCUGAGCAGCUCAAGGGGAAGAUACUCAAAAUGAGAGGAGUUCAAACAGCAGUGGCAAAGCUUAGCACAGGGAAGGUUAUUGUGACGGGGACCAUGGAUGCUAACAAGCUAGUUGAAUAUGUCUAUAGACGCACCAAAAAGCUAGCCAAAAUAAUUCCCCAACCAGAACCAGAACUAGAACUUGAACCAGAACCAGAACCUGAACCUGAAACUGAACCAGGACAGAAAGUAGAAGACAAAGACACUGAUGAGAAACCUGAAGAAAAGAAAGUAGAAAACUCAGAGAUGAAAGAAGAGGGUGGUGAUGAUAAGAAUGAGAAUAAAGAAGAAAAGAGUGGAGAAGAAGGCGAAGAAGAAGAAGCUGAUAGAGAAGUGGAUGGUGAUCAGAAUGGAAUGAUGCUUAAUAUUGAUGAAGGCAGCAUGAAGAGAAUGAUGUACUAUUACCAGCCACUCUAUAUGGUUGAACAUAUCCCUCCACCUCAGCUCUUCAGUGAUGAAAAUCCCAAUGCAUGCUGCAUUUCAUGAAUUCAUCACAAGAUCAAAAGAGAAAGAGUUAAAAUUAGUUUACUUGAUAAUAUAUCGUUCUACCUGUUUUUGUAUGUACCAUAUAUUAGUACAUAAUCACACAUGAAUGUUAUCCAAAUACUAGUCAAAUGUGCAUCCUCACAUUGUUUUUUUAGAUUUAAUGUUUAG